GUGCCUCCCGAGACCCCGCCCCCCGCCGUGACGUCCCGGGCCUCGGCCCUGGUCCAAAGUCUACCCGCCUCCUUGUGACAGAAGUGCGACCGCCAGCUGCCGAGGCGUUCGGUCCUGCUGUUGCGGCCGCCGCCCCAGGGCUGCGGGGACGGUGAGUCGCCUGGACGCAUUCGGAGACGGCCUCCCGCGGGAGCCCUCCUCCCCGGGCUCCCGGAGCCCUGCCUGUUCCCUGUCCAUCCAGGCCAGCAGCUGAAGGAGCCUCACCUGCCUCCCUUCUCUGAGUAGCACAGAUUUGAGGAGAAGCAGCGAAGAUGUCCAACGAGCCUCCCCCUCCUUAUCCUGGGGGCCCCACAGCCCCACUUCUGGAGGAGAAAAGUGGAGCCCCGCCCACCCCAGGCCGUUCCUCCCCAGCUGUGAUGCAGCCCCCUCCAGGCAUGCCACUGCCCCCUGCGGACAUUGGCCCCCCACCCUAUGAGCCGCCGGGUCACCCAAUGCCCCAGCCUGGCUUCAUCCCCCCCCACAUGAGUGCAGAUGGCACCUACAUGCCUCCGGGUUUCUACCCUCCUCCAGGCCCCCACCCACCCAUGGGCUACUACCCCCCAGGGCCCUACACGCCAGGGCCCUACCCUGGCCCUGGGGGCCACACAGCCACAGUCCUAGUCCCUUCAGGAGCUGCCACCACGGUGACAGUGCUGCAGGGAGAGAUCUUUGAGGGAGCGCCUGUGCAGACGGUGUGUCCCCACUGCCAGCAGGCCAUCACCACCAAGAUCUCCUACGAGAUUGGCUUGAUGAAUUUCGUGCUGGGUUUCUUCUGUUGCUUCAUGGGAUGUGAUCUGGGCUGCUGCCUGAUCCCCUGCCUCAUCAAUGACUUCAAGGAUGUGACGCACACAUGCCCCAGCUGCAAAGCCUACAUCUACACGUACAAGCGCCUGUGCUAACGGAGCUGGGACUCGGGACUCCCCCGCCUGUCAGUCUGGCCCCCUGUGCUUUGCUCCCUGUGCUCAGUGGUCACUUUCCCGCUCCCACUUGGGGCUGGGAGCCGUGCCACCAUCCCCUAGAAGUCCUGUCCUCUUCACCCUGCCCUACCCUGAGCAGCUGACUCUUCUGGCAAAAAUUCUGUUGGGAUUUAAGGCCAAGGGUCAGUGGGUGGCAGGGGGCUGGCACUGAGCUUGUGUGUUGUUGGUCUGCUUGGUGUGUGUGAUCAGGAAGAUAAGCUGGGAGGGGUCUCCUGCUGGGGUCCUGAUUCCUCUAUUUCCAAACAAGGUACAGGUUCAGUCCAGACUCUUUCCCCCUGGGACCAAAAGCAGCCAGAGCAGUAGCCAGUUAGUUCCCCAGGCCUGUGGCCACAGUUGUUUCUGACCUGCUGGGCCGAGAAUGGGUAAGUUGUCUGGAGUCAGGUGGGCCCACGUAGGACAGGGUCACGAAGCCUGGGUUUGUUUCUGGGUACUUUGUGCCUCUGGGGUGCUAGAGGUGGGGCAUGGUGGCUGGAAGUAAAACUGCCAACUCUGGCCCUCAGAACUCUCAGGUAUAGAAACCCAGGAUGUCUAAUACCCUGUCCCAGUGCCGAGAGCUGCCUGGUGUCAGGUAGAGAGGACGCUGUACCUGGGUGAGUGAUCAGACCCCUGGUAGCUAAGAAGGAACUUGUCCCUUUGAGUCAGUGUGCAGACCCCCUUUCAGGCCAUGCCUCUGUGAACCCUGUAUUGCUGGGGCCGGAAGGAGCCCCUGAGCCUAGCCCCUUCCCGUCUGCCCUGUGUCCUCACUGCGUGUGGGUAUGACCUCUGCCCGGUGGCUGGUGUGUCCCAACUGGGCAAGAGAUGGCAGAGGGUCCCCCUUGUGGGUGUGCUUGGAUGUGCAGAGCCUUCUCCGUGGGUUUUCUUCCCUGUAAGUGCCGGGCCCCUCGCCCCAGCUGACAGGCUGUUGCUGUGCCUGCUCACACCUGCUCCUGCAGGCACACUGGGCUAGGGACGAGGAAGGAGCAGCCACAAGUGGUAGAACUGCCUUGGUGGACACCAGCCUUGCCGUGUCUUUAUUUCCUGAAUGGUUUGUGAACUUGCUCACCUGGACCGCUGUAUCCUGCCACUGUCCUUCCUGGUCUCGCACUGCCACUGCAUGGCCUCCUGUCACUGUGAAUCGUGGCCCAGUCUCAGUUUGUAGUUUCUCAUUAAAUUGGCCCUUUCACUCCCCCGC